GUGGUAACCAAUCCUUCGCAAACAAUUGCAAAAUGGCCUUUUGGUCUGAAGCUAUUCUAAGCCUUGUUCAUAAACUGAAUAACUUCUCUCGCCCAGGUUCCUGUAAGUCACUUUGCAAACCAUUCCUUGUUGACAAUGUCCAAGUGGGUUAUAUUUCACCAAAAGUUGCCAGUUAUUUAAAGUCUUAUGGUGACAUAUUUGUGAUGGUUCCAGGAACCAGUGGUGAAAUUAGUCAUGUUACUUUGGCUCCAGAACUUAAGACUUUUACGGAACGAAGUCAAAAGGUUGCUGAGGUUAUGAACAGUCUGAGAUUAAAAGAUGUGUUCAGCACUUUAAGAGGGUGGAGAAAUGAGAUGUACCCUGUAAUGGCUUCCUUUGAUACCAAACCAAGCUUUAUGAUGGAGAGGUCAGCAACUUGUUUGCUUGGAACUGUGCAGUAUGGUGUUCAUGUAAAUGGAUAUUUCGUUGAUGAAAAUGGGAAAAUGUUAAUGUGGAUAGCAAGAAGAAGUUCUACAAAACAAACCUGGCCUGGCAAACUUGAUCAGAUUGUGGCAGGAGGUAUAACCUGUGGUGAAGGAAUUCAGGAGACACUGAUAAGGGAAUGUGCUGAAGAAGCAUCGAUACCAGAAGAACUUUCAAAAGCAGCUUCCUCAGCUGGUUGUGUCAGCUACUUCUUUGAAGAUGAGAGAGGAUUGUUUCCUGAAGUCCAGUUUGUUUGUGAUUUGAAACUCCCUCGUGACUUUCAACCAAUCAACAGUGAUGGGGAAGUUAGUGAAUUUUAUUGCUGGCCUAUGGAAAAGGUGAAGGAAAAAAUAGCAACAGAUGAAUUUAAGCCUAACUGCGCUCUUGUAGUUCUUGACUUUAUGGUCCGUCACGGCUUUGUUACACCAGACUGUGAACCUCAUUUUGUUGACUUUGUUGUUGGAUCUCACAGCAGUCUCCUCUAACAGGCAAAAAAUGAAGGAACAUGUAAAAGGGAACCAUAUUUGUAAUGAAGGCACCCCCAAGUGUACAUACACAAGGGAAAUAGGAGAAAUGGCAAGGAAAGUAACACUGGAGUCUUUUUCCUAAUAUAACAAUCCGUGGACAAUCUCAGUAUAUACUUGACUGUAUUUUAUGAAAGAAAGUUGACUUCAGUCCUCACUCUUCAGUAUAGUGAUUUCAAAAGUGUGCCACAAGAGCUCUUUUGUACUGAGUUUGCAACAAGCAAUCAGUUUAGCCAGAGGUGAUCAUGUUUUGGUGUUCAAUAAAGGAAUUGUAACUCU